AUGCCCUCCGUCCUCGGCAAGCGCAAGUCGCGCAAGGCGCAAGAGCCGGCCAUCUCAGAAGAAGAAGCCCAAGCAAUCUUCCGCCGCCAUUUCGAGGCCCAAUUCGCGCCGCUCCCCGAGACGAAGAAGCCCAAGGUCGCCGAGCCCGAAGCGGAAGAGGUUCUGGAAGACGAUGCAGAGGUCGACUCAGACUGGGACGGCGUGUCCGCGGACGAAGCCGAGCAGGCAAUCGAGGUCGUCGACCACACCGACUCGAAGCCCCACGACCCAACAGCCGGCAUGACGAAACGCCAACUCAAAGCCUUCAUGUCCUCACGACCGCCUACGCAGACGGACAAACCGCCACCGCCGCCCGCCAAACCCUCGCCGUCAGAUGAGCCGGACGAGUCGACGCUUCGCGCCCAGGACAUUGCGCUGCAGCGCCUCCUCUCCGAGUCCCACCUCCUCGCCUCCCUGAACCCGACGACGGCCUCCACGGCCGCGGCCGCCAAGCCCUUCGCCGCCGGCAAGUUGCGCCAGCGCACGACCGACCUGCGCAUCCAGUCCCUCGCCGCCGCCGGCGCGCCCCUCGCCAAGCAGUCGCCCUCCCUCUUCACGCAGGCCAAGAUGCCCAUGGCCAUGCGCAAGCGCAUCACCGCCACGCGCGACGCGCGCGAGGACAAGCGCCGCCGCGAGGCCCGCGAAAACGGCGUCGUCCUCGAGCGCGUGGCGCCCGUCAAGAAGGCCGAGAAGAAGGGCCGCCACGAGAGGGCGCUGGACGGGCCCGAGGUCGGCAGGAUGCGCGGCGCCGAGCUCAAGCUCAGUGAUCGCGACGUGCGGAAUAUUGAGGGUAGUGGUGGGGGCAGAGGCGGCAGGGGAGGCAAAUCUGGUGGUCGGGGGAGGAGAGGUCGGUAA